ACACGUCUCUAACAGCGAGUUGUUAUUAGCCAGCAGAAUAUGACUCCCUCGUAAAAUAACCCUCAUUUUCAUCCAAUCCGUUCUUUCUUUACUACACAAAAGUAUUUGAGCAACCCGUCCAAGCUCACAGUAUCAUUCUUCUUCUCUCCCGUUUUGUUAAAUAAACCUUAACCUGUCAAAAUUGACUUAGCCCGUUAGCUUCUCUGAGCUAACCAGUGGAGAGCAGGUGGACGAGGGUGUGCAGCGCUUACAGUUUUAAUGUGGACAUAACAUAACGUCAGGACAAGGAUUAUUAAUGGCAGCCCGGCGACCCUUCACAGACAGUGACACCUCCGAUGAAGCAGUGAGGGCGACCUGUGACGAUGCAACCAUAUGCAAAAGGUUUGCUACCAGUAAAAGCUACUGGAAGGACCCCUAUCUCCAAUAUUUCGUAAGAUCUGUUGGGGAGCGGAAGGCUCCUGAAAUCAAUAGAGGUUACUAUGCCCGCGUUCAAGGAGUUAACCAUCUCCUUGAUGCGUUUAUAAGGAAAUCAGAGUGUGACUGUCAAGUAAUCAACCUGGGUGCUGGAAUGGACACCACCUUUUGGCGACUUAAGGAUAAAAACCUCAUGCCAAGGAAGUUCUUUGAAGUUGACUUUCCAACAGUUGUGGCCAGGAAAAUACACAAUAUCAAGACAAAACCGCCCCUGUCCAAACCCCUCAUCGAAACCCACUCAACAGACUCCUUACUACUAGAUGCCCACAGCCUCGACUCGGACCGUUACUGUAUCAUCGGGGCAGACCUCAGAGACAUCUCCAGCUUGGAUGAAAAACUGAAGAAGUUCCAGCUUAAUCCAGAAUUACCUACAUUGCUCCUGUCAGAGUGUGUGCUGGUCUACAUGACGCCCUCCCAGUCCUCCAAUGUAGUUCACUGGGCUGCGGAAACCUUCCACACCGCCAUGUUCAUCAACUAUGAACAGGUGAACAUGAGCGAUCGAUUUGGCCAGGUGAUGAUCGAGAACCUGCAGCGUCGCCAGUGCACCCUGGCAGGAGUGGAGGCCUGUCAGUCUCUGGACUCUCAGAAGGAGCGGUUUCUGAAGACGGGCUGGGAGCAUGCUGAUGCUCUGGACAUGAUGACGGUCUACAGUAUGCUGCCCCAGGAUGACGUGGGAAGAAUUGAGCGUCUGGAGUUCCUGGAUGAGAGGGAGCUGUUGCAACAACUGCUUCAGCACUACAGUAUCUCCUGGGCCACCAAGGACAAACUCAAUCUGGGUCUGUCACAGUUGGCAUUUUGAGUGUGAAACUGCUCCACUGUUGGACAUGCUUUACACAUGCGAACGCCAAAAUCAACAACUGGAGAAGAAGUGGGAAGGGAGACAUUGGGAAAGAGGAAGCCCAUAUUCUCCCCCACGUCCCCCGUCAGGGAGCUGUCCCGGUGCAAAAACUCCCGACAUCAGCAGAAAGUGAUUGACGAGCGUCCUUAGUUACCACGUACACGUCGAAGAUGAGAGGUGAUCACGAUGAGUACUUUGAAGAGGUUUGUACCUCACAGUGGCACUGAACGUUUGAACGUAUUCAUUUGCUUAAAGAAAUUUCAGUCCAUUCACUUAAACAAACAUAUUAUUUCAAAAUCUGCUCACCUUCGUUGGAUAUUGAUUACACUAUUGUGUUUUCAGAUGUCCUUUUCUGUUUUUGAUGUGCCAUUUUGGUUUUAUUUAUGAAUCAACUGUACUUCCAGACUCAUUUUCGUACAAAACAUAGAAACAUGCAUGUGAUAGAACCAGUUUGAAACUGCAAGAAAAGCAUUAUUUUGCAACUCUUGGUUCAUUUACAUUUGCCCAUAAAAUGUUUUCUAUUCUUGAGCCUGGUUUUCAAACAGCAAAGAGGACAUGGGACAGAUAAGUUUGUGAUAGACUUUAUUUGAUGAAUGCCGUUCAGGUGCAGUUGAAUAAAAAUGUCCUUUUGUGUAA